AUGAUUUACUUCAGCCAUAACAUAUUUACGAUUAUGGAAAUUCUCUUCUUUGGUGGUUUCUGGUCUGCGAUGGUUUCAUAUGUUACGCUGAGUAUCGUCAAGUUUCUGUCGGUCUGGAAACCGUUCUGUUAUCGUCAAGUAAUCACGAUGAAACGUUGCGUGUAUUUGAUGUUCCUGAGUUGGGUGCUAUUCUUCGUGAUGGUAUCUCCAGCAUUCCUUGCGCUGGCGUUCGUCGAAAUACAAUCGUGGCAUCAGUGGUCAGGAUUUUACCUUCCACCACUCAAAAAGCUCGCAACCUCCAGUUGGUGUCAAAACUACUCGUUUGAAAUUCACAAUGUUAACACUGUUCCGUCGGGCCAGCAGAAACUCACUUCCGCUGGUGAUUCGCUUAUCGUAGAAAUCAAAANUGGCACCGUUGGUGCGAAUAGUGAAAACAGUUUGCGAUUCCCAUUAUGGAAAUUGACACUUAACGUUGGCACUUUCGGAGGACUAUCAUUUUCGUACGUUCUGUGGUGCAUUUGUCUGGUGAUUCAUCGUGAUCACUGUUAUUUCAUUCGAAAUUUUGUGGAACUGACACAUUUACUCGGUGUGGUCAGGUUGGUAUUACUUUGGACAUAA